UAUUAUUAUUAUUAUUAUUAUAUAGCGUAUGAAAUUAUAAUGGUCCGUGAUUCUAUGUGCGAUUAUCUUACACCCUAAACACAUUAAAUACUUUACAUGUUCCAAUUUUUUAAAAAAGAACCAUUUUUAAGGAACUUGGUGUUCUUUAACAACUUAUUAAAACAUUGUUAUAAAAGCGGAAUGUAUUGUUCUAUUGUUACUCACAAGACAAGAACGUGUCGUUCCCAUAGGGAAUUUGAUGGAAUUUAUGUGACGGUAUAUAUCGUUCCACUCUAUUUGUUCCGUUGAAUUCUUUUAUAUAUCAUAACGAUAAUAUAUGCGAAAUGAUUAUCUUGAGGAAUAGUUAUUUAAUUAUGAAUACUCUGCAGUCUAAUUUAUAUUGUGCCACUUGAAAUAAUUCCGUUUUCGCUGCUACCUUAACUCUGCUAUGGAGAGCGUCCUUCAUUAUAAAAAGGAAUUGUUUUAAUGAGAAGUUUCUCAACUAAUACUUUGUAUACGAAGUAAAGUAUAAGAGAACUUUAAAGAAAUCGGAAUGACAAAACGAGUCUUGCAAAAGCCUGCGUGGAAAGAGGCAUUGGGAGCCUCAAUGAGAUCGAAAAGGCUUAAGUUAAUGCCUGAUAAAGAUAACCGCUUUUGUUGUCCUGUGGCUGAUUGUGACAGCGAGUCGUAUGGAAGUAAAAGAGGGUGUAGAAAACAUGUCUAUAACCGUCAUGGAUGGUUUUAUUAUUUCGAUAAAAGACCGAAUAUCGACGAAGUACUUCCCCACUUCAGUACGAGAAAUCGCAUAAAAGAUCCCCAAAGAAAGCGCGCCUCCACAUUUUCAAUGCCGUCUUUUGCUAAAACAUGUAAUUUGGCAGUUGCAUUUAGGACAUGGUUAAAAAGUCCAGGUGGUGGUGGUAAAGAUCAUUCUCAGGCCGAUCAAAUAACUUGUAAAGUUUUAAAGUAUGCCAAAUAUUGCUGCGAGGAUUCUCCUUCGGUAUGGGAAGUACCAUUCCCUGUUAUCGACUACUGUGUUGGCUCUAUUAAUAUGCUUUCUGAUUUCGUAGAUUUUUUGAGAGACCAAUGGAAGGUUGGCUUCUCAGGAAUAAUUGGCUACAUGAAUGCUAUUGGGCACAUGCUUGAUUACAGACGAAGCACAGGUACGACUGAAAAAAAUUUGUCGGUAUUUGUUGCUGCAGAGAUUUAUUUGCACCGUGUUAAGAAAUUCCUCCUUCGUAAAAUGAAAGCUGAAUGGAAGUGUAUCUUAAGUGUUGAAUAUCUAAACAGUAUAGACUGUUGGGCGACACUAUAUGAUUUACAAAAGGUGAUACCAUACCAUAGUGAAAAAUAUAAACAAAUUGUGUUAAAUGCUAAAAACGCAAGUGCAUGUGUCGCAGCACACGAUUUAUCAUUUUCGACUUCCUUCAUAGUAGCUGUAUUAUUUUUAAUGGUGAAGGCUUCAAGACCCAUGACGUAUCAAACUCUUACAGUAACAAUGAUUAAAGGCGUGAAAGAGGAUGGUUUUAUAGAUCAGAAUGUCUUUAAAACUGCGGAGAAAUACGGAUUUGACUCUCUUUAUUUUUCCAUAGAUGUACUCACACUAAUAAACGAAUACAUUGACAAUGUACGACGAAGAUUGAACCCCACCAACGAUUAUCUACUAGUGUGUCGAAAUGGUAAGCAGUUGACGCGUAUUUCGGACGUAUUCGGUAGAAUUGUUUAUCAAGCAAUUGGUAAGUAUAUAAAUCCUACACGAUAUAGGCAAAUCAUCGAAACCGAAAGUGUUGCACACUUAGAAACAAAAGAACAAGCAAUUCUUUCUCAAGAUCAAAAACACACGUCGCAGGUAGCUAAAGUUCAUUACCAGAAGACUGAAUCGCGCAAUAUAGCUGCAAAAGCCAGGUUAUGUAUGGAUAAAUUACGAGAUCAAACAACGUGUACUUUAACUGUAAGCGAAAUCAAUAGUAACACCAAAAAUGUGAAAACGUCUGGAAGUACUUUGGAACACGAAACACCUGUUUAAACGAGACAGAAAAAAGUUAGUUUUAGUGCCAUGGAGGACAAGUUUUUACAAGCUGGGCUACAAAAAUAUGGCAAUGCAAAAUGGACUUCCAUUCUCGCAGAUCCUAACUACUCCUUUCAUUGUAGCCGUAAAGCUAGUACAUUGGCGGUUAGAGCGAAGACAAAACAAUUUAUAUAAGUUUAAAUUGUAUUUAUAAUAAAAAUAACUUUGUAAAUUUACAAAGAUUUUUGAAAACCAGAAUA